AUCAAUAUAUCCGUAUAAUUUAUAUGUUAAUUAGCAAUUCAGUAUAUACACUAUAAUUAAAUAUUAAUUCCUACUAAUUUGUUCGAGAUUCACUGACUACGCCCAGCGCUGAGCGCGAGAAUCGUGCACACGAGACUCGGAAGUCUUCGAUAAGGAUUUGACGGCAGGAUUAGACACAACACACCAAAGAAAGUAAAGCUUCCGCAAAUGACCAAUUUUAUGAAGUUUGCGAAAAGGACACACUCCUAUCCAUACGUUAUGGCGUGCGCAUUUUUGUGUCCACAUCAAGGGAUGCAAUCAAGUCAAGUGUCACGCGUAACAAUGAGGCAGAUCGUGUGUAAGACUUACAAGAGUUCCUGCAAACGUUCCGCAUACUAUAAAUACUUUAGCUUCAUACUACAAAGGCUCAUGUCGUCCGCAUACUCCGAGUGCUCCCUCGGCAUAGCAAAGACUUGCGUUACCUGCGAUCCUGCAAACCCUCCCACGUUUCUUUUUUGCUGCUGAUGACAUACAAGCCCGUAAAUAUUUCAUUCGCUGGGAACGUGACAAUAUGUUUGAACGUGAAGCAGCUGUAUCCCUAUAUGCAAACGUUACAAACGGGGCAACUUUUAUAAUUACGGUAUUCAUAUAAGUAGAAAAUAUCGUGCAUUGUAAAACUCCGUAAUGAAGGACUCCGCGAUGAAUUAUUAAUGGCCGUAAUUAAGAGUAGGGGAUUGCAAAGUUGAAACCAGCGAGCUCCAACAUACUUCAACGUAAUACGUAUCUGACUAUAUUUGCAAUUCAAUUAUCUUCUCAAUAUCGAAACAAGUCAUAUUCAUGAUAACAUGUAGAUUAAUUUUAUGAUAUUAGUAGAGAAAAAUACGGGAAAUAAUAUUUUGAAAAAAUUUAUAACAGAUAGCUAAACUUACCUUUUUACUUAAUAUAUAUCAUUUACGUUGUGUUACAUGAAUUCAGUCGAUUUGUAAUCAUUUAUAUAAAUAUUAUAUGCAAUUUUGUACUAGAUAAAUAAAAAGUUAUAUACAAUUAAACAAUUCGACAUUAAAUGUGAGGUACAGAAUAAUACUGAUGAAUAUUAUUACUAACAGCACAAAUUUUAUUGAAAAUGUCAAUAUAUUUCGCCGGGUUCACUAAAAUUUUUUCUAAAAUUUUUCUUAUACUUAAAACGUCUGCUUAUAAUUUGCAACAAUUAAUUAAUAUAUCUAAGAUAUUCGAAAUAUCUGAAGUAUUUUUAUAAAUAUUUAAUAUGUGUGGAGAAAUGCUUAUGUAUUUGUGCAAUGUUUCAACAAGUUUUUUUCGAGUAUUGGACAUGCAGAUACUGUCUCUAAAUUUUUUUAUAUACACUGUGGGUGGUGUAUGGCGGCCCAUCGAGUGGUCAUCGACUGGUGCUAAGCUCUUAUACAAUGUGUUUACCUUUAUCACGAUAGUGCCUUUAUAUUUUUUGAUGCUGACUCAAUUCAUGGAUAUUGUUCUUAUCGUUGACAAUUUGGAUGAUUUUGCCACCAAUUCUCUAAUGUUUAUGACUAUCGUUGGUGUUUGCUGUAAGGCCACCGUCGCCGUAGUACGUCGAAGUGAGAUCAUUGACUUGGUGCAAAUAUUGCUGAAGGAUCCAUGUAAACCUCGAAACGAAGCUGAGUUAGCAAUACAAGCAAAAUUUGAUGAGUUUAUCAGAUCCUCUUCGAUCAAAUAUUCACUUUUAGCGACGGGUUCUAUCACGAGUUUUACAAUCCGAUCACUGCUAAAUGUUUUGCAAGGCCACUUACCUUACAGAGUGUGGCUGCCGUAUGAUUCUGAUGAGUCUUUGAUGUUCUGGAUCACUUCGAUCCACCAAAUCAUAACUUUGAUUUUCGCCACCAUUAUCAAUGUCGGCACGGAGACUCUAAUCUUCGGGCUCUUUUUGCAAACGUGCGUCCAGCUUGAAAUUUUUGAAAGCCGUCUUCACAAAUUAAUCAUUAACAAGACAGCAGGAUACCGAGAAUAUUUCUCGCGUGCAUCAUCGGAUGGAAAAGAGACGAUCAUAGCGGGAUACAUACGCCAUCACCUUAGUAUUUUCCACUAUGCCAAAACAUUAAACAGUAUAUUCAACCAGGUACUCUUCUUCCAAUUCUUUGGGAGUAUACUGGUACUAUGUACAAGCGUAUAUUACAUGUCGACACACAUUUCGGGAUCCGAAGCUGCAACAUUGCCGGCUUACACCGUUUGCAUGUUUGUACAAAUCUUCGUUUAUUGCUGGUCUGGAAACGAAGUAAUACUUAAGGCAACCGUUGCCGUGCUACGUCGAAAUACGAUCAUUGACUUGGUGCAAAUAUUGCUGAAGGAUCCAUGCAAACCUCGGAACGAAACUGAGUUAGUAAUACAAACUAAAUGUAAUGAGUUUAUUAGAUCCAUUUCGAUCAAGUAUUCACUUUUAGCGACGUGCUCCGUUACGGGCGUUACAAUCAGAUCAGUGCUAAAUGUUAUGGAAGGUCAGUUACCAUACAGAGUGUGGCUGCCGUAUGACUCUGAUGAGCCUUCGAUGUUCUGGAUUACUUCGAUCCUUCAAAUCAUAUCUAUAAUUUAUUGUACCAUCAUCAAUGUCGGCACGGAGACUCUAAUGUUCGGGCUCUUUUUGCAAACGUGCAUCCAGCUUGAAAUUUUCGAAAAUCGUCUUCGCAGAUUAGUGAUUAAUAAAACGUCGGGAUAUCGAGAAUAUCUCCCGCAUAAAUCAUUGGAUACGGAAGAAGAGAUGAACAUAUCGGGAUACAUAAACCAUCACCUCUGUAUUUUUAACUAUGCCAAAACGUUGAAUAGAAUAUUCAGUCAGGUACUUUUCUGCCAAUUCUUCGCGAGUAUACUAAUACUAUGUACAAGCGUAUAUUAUAUGUCGAUGAUUAAAGGAUCAGAAGCUGCGACAUUGAUAGUUUACACUUUUUGUAUGUCUGUACAAAUUUUCAUUUAUUGCUGGUCCGGAAACGAAGUGAUAACUAAGAGUACGAGUAUAGGAAACGCAGUGUAUGAAAUGAACUGGACCUUACUAUCAAUCAGCGAAAAAAGAGAUCUCCUAAUGAUAAUGAAACGUAGUUCAAUGCCUAUAAAAUUUACCAGCAGUUUUUUGAUUACUUUUUCUCUCGAAUCUUACAGUAAUAUUCUGAAAACUUCGUAUUCAGCAUUCAAUAUUUUACAACGAUCCUGAGAGCCUAAGCAAUGGAUUAUACUUGAACCGAGUAAUUUACUAUUGUAGUUGUAUUAAUAAAUUUAAUAAUUGUAAAUAGUUGUAAA